CCUUUCCGCUGGCCACACUGAUAUUUCAACAGGUGUAGCAAAUCUGUGCCCCAUAAAGAGCCCGUGUUAGACUUAAAACAUGUCUUUUCUGGUUAUUCUGUGAUAGAGGUUUGGUGAGGUUAGAACGCACGCGCGUAGUACGGCCUGUUGAUCGCGACGUCGGCAGCGCACGAUAACACUGGUCGAUCCGUAUUAUCCGAUCAGCCCGCCCGCGUUUCGGUCUGUUCUAUUAUCCUCAAACCACGUGUUUGCCCCGUAUCCGACGCUCUCCACCGAAACGACGCGCAUAGCGUCAUUCGGCACCGCCGCCUUUGGCUCUUGUUCGGUAUCUAUUUUUUGUCCGAUAAUCAGUCGCGUCUACGAAUCGCGAUUGAUUUCGGCGCGUCGCACAACCUAUAACCACGCGCUCACGCUCGUUGUCACUAGUCAUCGCUUCACUUACCGUCACCGUAAGUUUCAACAAUAUUUCACAUGGAGUCGAACAACAUCGGCGGUUCGUCAAGGUUCAAUGACGAUUUCCCUUGGCUCCAAGUCAUCAGGUCUCCGCCUCCUAGCCGACGCGUCACGCUGGUCAACGACGUGAUCGAGGCGGUGACGACCCAAGACCAUUUAGUCGCAAUGCUUCGUCGCCGAGAUAUCCGUCGCCGAGAAAUCCGUCGCAGACCUCACCACCGCUCGGACGCCGACGGUGCCUUCAUCGAUUUGAGCAACACAGACGAGGACAGCGAUAACGACAGCGAUAACGACAGUGACGACGAUUAUUUCAAUCAAUAUGUGCACGAGGAAAUGAACAAUUCCAUUAAUAUUUUGUUCGAACAUAACAAACAAGUGGAAGAACUAACCUUUGCGUUAGAUGUUAUUGAUCAAAUUAUUAACAAAAUUGAUUAUGCAAAUGAUUUUGAAAAGCUUGGUGGUUUCCAUAUCUUUUUACCUUGCUUUCGUUCAGAGCAUUCGUCUGUGCGUAUCAGAAUAUGUAGUUUUAUUUUUAAAUUGGUUCAGAAUAAUCCAUACUGCCAGAACAAGUUCAUGGAAAGUACAAAUUGUCUUAAACUUCAAGCUUUGAUGUAUAUGGUGGAAAAUGAUAAUGAUUAUGAAGUGCGUAACAAGGCACUAUUUGCAAUUUACGGUCUUGUUCAUAGAAACUUACCUGUGUUUUUGCAAUUCAUUGCACAUGGAGGAAAAGAUUUAAUACUUAAUUCAUUGAAUUCAUCCAUUUAUAAAUUGAAGAUUAAAGCGGUAUUAUUAAUUUUCUCAACAGUUUGUAAUUUGGGUAAUGUUGUAGCGGAACUGUAUAUUGAUAAUGGAGUAGUUGAAAUUAUUAGUUCAAUAAUCAUGGACAUGGAAAAUAUUGUUGAAUCAAAUCAUCAUAACUUGGUUUUAUUAACAUUGAACCAACUCAUCCAUUUGUCACCAGUCAGAGUCAAAGCAAUAUGCUCUUCGGUGGAGGAUUUCAAUCAAGCAUUGACAUCAUUACGAGAUUCAUAUUCAAAUGAAUCAAAAUAUGAGUAUGCAGAGGAACAACUUUUAUUGUUGAUAGAAAAACUAACAUAGUGAAAAGAUAAAGCGGCACAUUUCAUUUUACUAAUUUUAUCAUGAUAUAUAAUUUUAUCAUAUCUGUAAUUGUUUUUAAAAGAAAUUAAACUUAUGGUUUAUAAUGCUAUUAAU